AUGACAGAGCAGGAACAAAAGGCGUUCAAGCUCUACGGCAAGGUGCCGGCAAAGAACGUCUUGACCAAGAUGCAGAAGGACCGCAAGUUCUUUGACUCUGGAGACUACAUGAUGUCCAAGGCUGGUGUGCCCACUCCCUACGGGCACAUCCACCCUACACCGGAAGCCGUCCCUCAUGCCUCCUCUCCUUCUGGCCCCAACGGCGGCUACCUCUCAUCAUCACCUACCGGCAACAACGCCUCCCCAAUUCCUACCGAGCAACACCACUCGCCUACUUCUGAAAAACCUGCGCCCAACGUGGGCGUCGGGAUCAGCCCGGCGGCUACAAGCGAUGCCAUUGAAAUGCCUGGAGCGGGACAUGGUCAUCAACGUCGUGGUAGUGACAGCCACCCCCGUAUCUCCCCUCCCAAUACGCUCCGUGAAAGCCACAACUCGAGCUCUUACCCCAUCCACCACCCCGGCGCGUUUGGCGCCUCUCCCGUCAAGGCUAGCAGUCUUGCCCACAGAGUAGAUGAAGAUGCGGAGUAG